CUACGGCCGGCCGGCAUCGCAUCCAUGUCAGGCGCCAACGGCAGCGCCGUCAACUGACGUCGUCUCAGGCAGUGCAAAAGCGCAUCAUUAUGCGCGGCAACAAGCCGUCAUCUGCUGUUGGGCGAUUCUGAGGUUCAGCUCCAACUUCUCGCCCCGGACCUGGGGUCGCCCAAACUCCGUUCAAUCGCCCCUGCGUGACGUGACGUGACGAACGGCUCGGCUCGUUUGCUGCAACGUGUGCCACCAGACAGGGGAUCGGCCGUCACCACCAGACCCCUCCAAGGACCAGACGACACACUGCCCCGCCUACUCGUACUUGACCACCACACCUUUUGACCACUUCCCAUUGCUGAACCGCAGUCAAACGUCUCUUCCCACCUCACCACCCCUUCUCUCCACGACUCUAUCCUCGACGCGGUAGCAAGGGUACACAAAGAUCACCUACGAAUUCUCUUCACAGACGCACGAGGGGCCGACUGCCUGUCCGUCAAACAUGGCGUACAACAGACCCUACGACCCGGACGCUCUCCCUAGAUUCGCGGAGCCUGAACCCAAGCCUGGCGCCGCCGCUCCGCCGAGCGCAUCCUACGCCGCCCAGCCUUCCUCGCGAUACGAACCCAGGCCGCCGGCGCCGGGCCCCCACGACCACUACAAGCAGCCUCCCUACGGCCACGCGUCGCCGCCGCCGCCGCCGCAGCAGCCGUCUUACAGCCAGGGUCCGCCACCGCGCACCAGCAGUCACCACCACGCGCCGCUGCCUCAGCAGGCCCGGCCGCAGCAGCCACCCGCCCAGGUCUCACGCCCGCCGCCUUCGCCCGUCCCAGAACAGGGCUCCGACGCGAAGUUGCUCCCGCUCUUCCGUGCUGUGGAUAAGGAUCGCACCGGCCAGCUGUCGGAAAAGGAGCUCUCAGCGGCGCUAGUCAAUGGCGACUGGACGGCCUUUGACAUCCAGACGGUGCGCAUGAUGAUCCGCAUGUUCGACUCGGACCGCAAUGGCACCAUCAACUUUGAGGAGUUCUGCGGCCUGUGGUCCUUCCUGGCCUCGUGGCGCACCCUCUUUGACCGCUUCGACGUCGACCAUAGCGGCAACAUAUCCCUCUCCGAGUUCACCGACGCCCUCAUCGCCUUCCGCUACCGCCUCAGCCCUGGCUUCGUCGAGCUGCUCUUCCGCACCUACGACAAGCGUGGCGAGGGCGUCAUGAGCUUCGAUCUCUUCGUCCAGAGCUGCAUCUCCCUCAAGCGCAUGACCGACGUCUUCAAAAAGUACGACGACGACCGCGACGGCUUCAUCACCCUGAGCUUCGAGGACUUUUUGAGCGAGAUUCUGAAGCAGCUGAAAUAGGCCAGAGUUUGUAGGGAUGUUGGAGCGAGACUGAUCCUUUAUCGUUUUGGGGACGCUCAAGGUCAAGCCCCGGCUCUCGCUCCCCUGGCUAAGGGAGCGAGGUAGCGCACGGGAGAGGAGCUGUCCGCACCGUACGACGGCCCAGGCCGAUGAUGACGCGCAUGACUCGAUACCAACGACGGGCAUCAUGGCGGAAUGUGUAGAAGGGACAGUCGCGGGCGACGGGCGAUUGGCUUUGCAGGUGUAGGCAGGCAGGCAUACAUACAUGGAUGAUACCCUCAUCUUCCUUGGUGCAGUGUCUUUUUCUUUUGCCCGUUUUCCUCUCCAUAUUUGUCGCAGACUGUCCCGCGUCGGAGAAAAAGGGGGCGUUUGACACUAGUAUCUGAUCUGGGUGUUUUAUUGAAUGCUGUUGAUACCUAUCUUGAGAGGAUGGUUCUCCUUGAUACGAAAAAGCCCUUAAAAAUACCAAGGUAGGGCUGCUAUGAGUAUGAAAA